CACACAUGAAUAGACUGAUCCAGCUUUGAGGAAACUCGCCGAAGAAAAGAAAAGUGGAAAACCUCUCCAUCGGCAUCCAGCAAGCAACCAUCCAUCCAACCGUCUCAUCCACUUGAUGACCCUCACUGGUCGGCCCGGAAGCAGCUCUCCUGUCUAGUUGGCUCUCUCCUGUCCAUCUCAGUUCUGCACUUCCUUCAAUGUCACUCGCCUCGAGGAUGAGUGUUAAGCCAAGUGGCAGCGAAAUCGAUGUCAGCCAGCGCCAUGCCAACAUACGGAACCUCUUCGCCCCAUCGCCGGCACAGUUGGCCAAGCGGAAGGAGCAGCGCCAACGGAGCCAGAGCAGCGUGUCCCUCCAGAGAGCCAGCCUGGAGAAGGACUCACUGCGAGGAGUCUCCACCGGGCAGCUGGCCAGGAAAACCAAUGGGAAUGGCAGCCUUGACGGCUAUGGGAAUGACUAUGAUGGCUACAAUGAUUGCCAGAGCGAUGGGCCCCGCAUGCGGCGGCAGCGGAUGGGGAGCAGCGGCUCGGUCGCCUUGGGCAUAAAUCAAUUGGCAAUGACUGCGAAUCAAUCAGCAGUGAAACAAUGCAAUGGCGUCAACGUCCACGGCCAGGACAAUGCAGGCCAUGACGAGCUGCCGGUAGCUGCUGGCAUCUCUAUUCCGGGGAGGGACAACAAUGGCUGGCAUCCGAGCGCAUUUGAAUUGGCAAUGAAGCAGACUCCGUUUACUUCUGCAGCUCCUACACCCUACUUGUCCCCAUACCAGUCACAGUCCCAGUCCCAGUACCAGUCCCACGAUGGUGGACACAAAAACUGGAAGUCAACGAGCCAGCUGGAAAAUUUUAUUAACAACGAGCAAAAGCAGCAGGAGCAGGGGCAGGAGCUGGAGAUGGAGCUGCAACAGGACAUUGCUGUUGACUUUGGUAAUGAAAUGACCUGGGGCAAAUCUGCUGAGAAAUCGCUGGCAUUGAAUCACCUGAGAACAACAUUGCAGAGCCAGUCUCAGAGCCAAGAGAAGCAGGGAAGAUUCGCCACUGUUUCCACAGCUUCCUUUUCUGCUUAUGCUCCCCAAGACGAUGAUGAUGAUAAGCUGCUGCUGCUGGACCUGCAGCAGCAACAGCAACAGCAACAGUGGCAGCCGCCGCAGUGGGAGCAGCGCGAAAGUUUGCACAGCCAAAGCCAUCGCACAGCGACAGAGACAGCUCAGUCCACGCCGCUAGCAGAGCGAUUGCAGCGAUUCCGAUAUAGGCAGCAUUUGCAACUGCAACAAGAACAAGAACAACAACAACAACAGCAGGCAGAACCACAGGAAGAGGUUCAACAACAGUCGGCAUAUUGGAGCAACAACAGCUCGAACCACUACACUGAUAUCGGAGUAUACGAUAGCCCCCAGUCGAGCACCCGCCCGCUUGUCGGCCAGUUAUCAGCUGAACAAAUAGGCGUAACCAAUUUGCAUAAGCAUAACAAGAGCGGAGCCAAUAGCUGGGGAACCGUUGUUGGGGCUUCCGCUUCAGUUGAUGCCCUCGGCCGCCGAUACUCGCAUGACACCCUAGAGCAGUCCGAGCCGCGAGAGCGAGCUCUUGACCAGAAGUUACAGCCACAAGAGCUAGAGCCAGACUCGCAGCCAGAUUCAGAGCCGGAGCAGGUAUCGCCACGACGACGUGUGAUUAUCAGGCGGCGCCUAGUGCGCACCCCACGCACCGCAGACGCCUCUGGCAGUGAGGCACCACCGGUCGCAGUACCAGCCGCAGCUUUAGGAUUAGCUGCUGGAAAAAGCCUGGGCUGGUUGUCGAGGCUGCGUAAUAGUUUCGGGGCCAGCGAUUGGAACAAUCAAAAGGCUGCCAUAGCAAUAGUCGGUACUCUGAAUCAAAAGGAAAGCAGCAGCAACAGCUGCCCCACAAAUCCCAUCAUGGCCGUCCUGCGUACUAUGAAGCUGAAGGAGCGGCUUUUCAUCAGCCUGGGGGCCACACUGGUGCUGCUCACCCUCCUGCUCAUCGUCGAUGUGCAGAUGGACUUUGGUGUGGCCAAUCGCCACUUGCUGCAGCAGCAGCACCAGAAGAUCCGCUACGGCAAUACCAAUGAUUACGAUGCCACCGCAGCGGGAGCCGGCGGAAUGCUGCACGAGUUCAAGCGCAAAUUCCUGCAGAAAAGCAACUCAUCUGGCUCCAAGGAGGCAUCCACUCAGGCAGCGGCAGCGGCUGCCAGUCAGAGCGGAGGCGUAACCAGUGGCCAGGAUGCGGCUGCAGCGGCAGCGGCAGCGGCUGGAGGGUCUGGAGGCGCUGCCGGACCCGGCACUGGGUCCAUGCUCACCACCCGCAAUCCGACUCCGCACGAUCGGUAUGUGGAUCUGCAGAAGCUGCUGCUCAGUGACGAGUACUCCCACGUCAUUGUGGACAAUGCACCGGAUGUGUCCCUGGAUAAUCCCACCCUGGCCGAGAUGCUGCAUCGCAAAGUCAGUGCCAAUGCCAGCAAUUUGGAGCGCUUCCAAUUGCGCAUCACGAAGAAGGAGCUGUACGGCGAACAGGACACUCUGGUGGAUGCGGUGCUACGUGACAUGAUCAAGCUGCCAAUACAGCAUGUUGUGCAAAAGGAGGGCGGCACCCAGCUGAAAUUGAUCAUUGAAUACCCGAACGAUAUCAAGGCCUUAAUGAAGCCGAUGCGGUUUCCCAGGGACCAGCAAACGCUUCCCAAUCAUUUCUACUUCACGGACUAUGAGCGACACAACGCCGAGAUUGCUGCCUUCCACUUGGACAGGAUACUGGGAUUCCGGCGUGCCAUGCCUGUGGCGGGACGUACACUGAACAUUACGACCGAAAUUUAUCAACUGGCCGAGGAGAAUUUAUUGAAGACCUUCUUUGUUUCGCCGUCGCUGAAUUUAUGCUUCCAUGGCAAGUGCUCCUACUAUUGUGACACCUCGCAUGCCAUCUGCGGGAACCCGGACCUACUCGAGGGCUCCUUUGCCGCCUUUCUGCCCAACUUUGAGUCGGGAAAUCGCAAGCUCUGGCGGCAUCCUUGGCGACGCUCCUAUCACAAGCGGAAGAAGGCUCAGUGGGAGACAGAUGCCAAUUAUUGUGCCCUGGUCCGUGAUAUCCCACCCUAUGACGAGGGCAGGCGACUGUACGACAUCAUGGACAUGGCCGUCUUUGAUUUCCUCACUGGCAACAUGGAUCGUCAUCAUUAUGAGACUUUCAAAGUCUACGGCAAUGAGACGUUUCCCCUGCACUUGGACCAUGGACGUGGCUUUGGUCGUCCCUUCCACGACGAGCUCUCCAUUCUGGCGCCCGUCCUGCAGUGCUGUGUGAUCCGCAAGUCAACGCUGAUCAGGCUGAUUGAGUUCCACAAUGGUCCCAAGACGCUGUCACAGCUGAUGAGCGAUUCGCUGAGCAACGAUCCGGUGAAUCCGGUGCUCUGGCAGCCCCAUCUGGAUGCCCUCGAUCGGCGCACGGGCAUCAUCUUGCAGAGCAUACGGGAUUGCAUAAAGAGGAAUCCCCCCGGUGAGGUGGACGCCUCCGAGAAUGACCUGUCCUCAUAGCGCUAGGCAUGGAGCGCGAGGCAGAACCAACAAAAGCAUCCUAGAGCAUUAGCUUAAACCCCUAGCUAUUAGUUGCGUGUCCUGUGUGUUGUCCAAUGAUGUAACAGAAACAGAAACGGAAACGGAAUUUAGAGUUAAAGUUCGUGGCAAUCGAUCUUUGUAAAAGAUCAGCGUCCUAAGUGAAAUAUCUCCUUGUCGCUCUGUCUGCACAUACCAAAAAGCCAGAAGCCAGAUGCCAGAAAUCAUAACCCAGCAAGAGCCAAGGCCAGAAAUUAAUUCACUCUAAUGUUAGUUGAUAUGAUUUUCCAACCCGUGUUUUGUUUUGUGGAGCAACCGACAAAGUGGGCCAGCCAGCGAGUAGUGGAGUGACCCGUUCGGAGAGUAGUUUACAGUGAUUUGGCAGUGAAUUGAGUCCCAACCCCUACCAGUACACACCAGCCCCUCAGUGGGUGCCCAAAGUACACAAACUAACUUGAAGGCAAGAGUAAAACUAAAGCAAAUGAAAACUGAA